CCGAGCUACGAGAAACAAGACCCUUUCCCUCUUCUUCGGCAUCGGAGUCUCUCGUGCAUUUAGGGUUUCUCUUCAAUCCCUAACUAAAGAUGUCGCAGACAAAGGAAGUUAGGUAUACUUCUCGAUCCAUCACACCUCCUCCGAAAAGACGCAGUCGAUCACGGUCGUCAUCGAGGUCGAGAGUUAGGAGCCGGUCUAGGAGUCAAGAUGUUGAUGGCGCCCGGAAUCCUGGAAACAACUUGUACGUCACAGGCUUAUCAACAAGAGUUUCUAGCAGUGACCUUGAGAAGUACUUUAGCAAGGAAGGGAAGGUUUUGGAGUGUCAUGUCGUUGUAGAUCCUCGCACAAGGGAAUCUCGUGGAUUUGGUUUUGUUACAAUGGAGACCAUGAAGGAUGCAGACCGCUGUGUCAAGUACCUGGACCGUUCUGUACUGGAAGGCCGUUUGAUCAAGGUUGAAAAGGCAAAAAGAAGCCGUGGAAGGACGCCGACCCCUGGAAAAUAUCGCGGUGCAAGAGAAGUGAGAGGUCGUGGUCAUAGACGCUCACGGAGCUACUCACCUUAUCGACCUCGGGAUAGAGGCCGGUCUCGUUCCCGUUCGCAUUCAAGGGGUCGGCGGGAGCGAUCUCGCUCACCUUAUGCAAGUGAACCUAACAGAAGACACAGGGAGAGGUCUGUGUCAGCAGCCAGCGAUGGAAAACACCGAUCAGAUUAACAGGUAUGCAAGCACUUUUCAUGCAACCCUCUGCCUUGCAUCAUCUUUGCUUUCGAUCGGUAAGGAGAUGUUUAAAACUAGCAUGUUUCUUGUCGUGCGGAAAUACUAAGCACCGCGCUCAAUGUGUUGAUUAUCAGUUAGGCCUGUUACUUGAAAGAAGUUAAUUUGCGACAAACGUUUAGAGACACCCGGCUCGUUUGGUUUGUUAUUAUUAGAACUCUAUUGUGCUGGUUGGAAGUUUGUUGUCUUCAAUAUUUGGAAUCUUUAUUUGGUGUGCAAUCCAUGCUCGGCUUGAAUUCGAUAUCGAUGAAUUCGAUACCCCAUUAGCUACCUCUUUUAAGUUUCAUAAUGCUUGAAAAGAAAAUUAACUGAGAAGUUGUGUUGUGUUUUCA